AUGACCAAGAUAUCAGAAGGCGCCCGUGAAUGGGAGACAUUCAAAUAUGAUUCCCAUUUCAUCCCCAGCGCCGUCUUCAACAGUCCCGAACACCCAAUCCCAUUCUCGGCCCUCUCGUCCUCGCCCGACACAGGCCUCACUGCUUUUGCGCAGCUGGGAGCCCUGCGAUUGAACGCUUCACGCGCCCUCAUCUCCCUGUUUGACCGUCAGCAACAGUACAUCGUCGCCGAAGCCACCCGGUCCAUACCGCUCGCUCCGAACGCAAAGUAUGCCUCGGGAAACCACCUCUGGCUUUGUGGGACGGCCAUUCCCCGCGCAUUCGGAAUCUGCGAGCAUGUCCUCGUCGGUGCGACUACUGAAGAACCCCGCAAAGCUAAUUCCUCUGUUCCCGUGUCCGAUGACGAUGAUGAGCAGCUCCCCGUGGCUGUAGUCCCGGAUCUUGCGACUGACCGACGAUUCUGUAACCGUCCGUACAUAGACGCCGCUCCAUAUAACCGUUUCUACGCUGGCAUUCCCAUCCGCUCCCCGAAAGGCAUCAACAUCGGAGUCUAUUGCAUCUUUGAUGAUCGUCCGAGGUCGGGGUUGGACGCUGACUCGGUUCAGUUUCUGAGGGAGGUUUCCAAGACUGUGAUGGACUACUUGGACGCAAAGAGAGUGACGGAGAGCUACCGCCGCAGUGAACGAAUGGUCCACGGCCUUGGGGAUUUUAUUGGGGGCAAAGAGGAGGUGCCAUUGCCCGCUAGGCUUCCAUCACCGAGGUCAUCCUCCUAUGGGUCUGACACGCCGGCCACGUCGCCUCCUGAGCCAGAACCGGCAUCGCCCAACUCUGAGGUCGUUCGACCAAAUAUCAACCCCAUCCACCAAGAUCCAACCGAUUCGCCAACAAAGCUUGACUCGAGUGAUUCCGUCGAGACUACGGCCACAACCACAACAGUGGCUACGACUACAUCAAGCUCUGCACCACCAGACCCUCGCCUGACAGAAACGAUCAAGAUCUUCUCGCGGGCCGCCAAUGUAAUCCGUAAAUCACUGCAAGCCGACGGUGCGCUUUUCCUUGAUGCGAGUAUUGGAUCCUACGGUGGGCUCGUCAGCGGACCCCGGAAGGCUAGUGAAGUUGCAGAUAACCAUUUUUCAAGCAGCGAGGACAGUCUCUCUGAGAGACCCGAGGAUGCCAACGACAGGUGGUGCAAAUGUUUCGGAAGGUCGCCAGCUGUGGACAACACAUUGAUUGGCAUAGACGGACCCCAGCCUGGCCCCUCGACUCUUCGGGAAAGGUUCCUGAAGAAACUCCUCCGGAGGUAUCCAAAUGGAAAGGUCUUCAGUUUCGAUGAAUCGGGCAACUGGUAUUCGGUGGAUUCCGAAGGUGACGAUACGGAUAUCACCCCAACCGAGGAGAGCGAGCAAGCGACCAGGCCGGAGACCCGAGCGGCGUAUUCUUACUUCACGAGGCGAAAUGAGGCAAAGACCAUUGUAGACAUGUUUCCUGGCGCUAGAAGCGUGGCAGUCGUACCGCUAUGGGACCCGUCGAAAGAGCGUUGCUUCGCGGGAGGAUUUGUAUGGAGCAAGAGCGCAUCGCGUAUCCUGACCCCCGACGCAGACUUGCCCUACCUAAGGGCCUUUGGCAUGGUUACGAUGUCGGAGAUCGCCCGGCUUGACGCCAUUAUAGCCGAAAAGGCGAAGACGGAUAUUUUGGGGUCUCUCAGUCACGAGCUUAGAUCCCCGCUGCACGGUGUGGUUGCUGCUGCCGAACUUCUCCAUGACACACAACUGGACGCCUUCCAGGUGGAUGUCAUCCACACCAUCGAGAUAUCAGGCAAGACUCUACUGGAUACCAUAGACCAUUUGUUGGACUAUAGUAAGGUCAACACCUACCUAAGGGCAUCUAAAUCCCAGCGACGAAACAACGGACCAGGCCGUGGUCUACGACCAGAAGCAUCCGCGUCGAUAGAAUCUGGCAUGAUGACCUUGGUAUCAGAUGUCCAUCUUGACCUCCUCGUCGAAGAAGUCAUAGAGAGCGUCUUCAUCGGUCACAGCUUUCAACAUAUGGUGGCAUCUCAGCUUGCCCGCCAUGGGUCGACAUCUGGGCCUCCUACACCUGCACAAGAAAAACUUGACGCCAUCGCCACUACAGAGGUGUUGGGGCAUAAACGGAACUCGUCAGAGAGCCAGCCUAAUAACAUGAAGGACCUCAAAAUCCUUGUCGAUAUUGAUCCGAACUUCUCCUGGGUCUUCCACACCCAGCCGGGCGCUGUCCGCCGCAUUAUCAUGAACUUGUUUGGUAAUGCCCUGAAGUACACGUCCCAGGGCUUCAUCAAGGUCCAAUUGAGACAGGAAGAGGUGGUUCACAAGUCAGCUAGGUCUGCGUCGAUGGUGGUUUUGACUGUCACCGACUCGGGUAAAGGCAUCAGCGAGGACUUUUUGCGCAACAAGCUCUUCACACCGUUCUCUCAGGAAGAUGCCUUGGCACCAGGCACAGGCUUGGGUCUGAGUCUGGUGAGACAAAUCGUUGCCACUCUCGGUGGAACGAUUAGUGUGAAGAGUCAGGUUGGCCACGGAACGAGCGUAACGGUUUCAGUACCCCUCGUGCUAUCGCGCAAGUCGAGCAGUCGUGGACGCAAGUUUUCGGCCGACUUGAGCUCCUUGGCUGGAAGGCGGCUUUCUGUCCGUGGGUUUAGUCGGGGCCUCGAUAACUUGGAAGAGCUUCGGGCCGGUGGCUACGAUCUUCCAGUGGAGAGUCUUCCAUUCAAAUGGCUGGACGUCAAUGUCAAUGAUGAGAGCACCGAGGCGAGCAUGCCCCCAGCGGAUCUCACAAUCUGCAGUGAGGAAGCCUUCCAAAAGCUCGACCUCUCCAACAGCAGGGGCAACGAGACCCCUUUGGUUGUCGUAUGCUGUAACGCCGAGGCGGCACAGAAACUCGCGAAUUCGUACAGAAGGUCUCGCCAGCAGACGGUGAUGGAGUUUAUUGCUCAGCCUACUGGGCCAAGAAAGGUUGCUAAGGCUCUGGCCUGCGCUCUUGAUAGGUGGCAACAGCGUCAGGCUGUCAAAAUGGUUGCUUCCGGCCCGCCAUCCGGUGCAUUUGCUGGAUCGUUUCCAACGAGCACUACGAUAAAAUCUGAGCUUACAUCUCGCCCGAGAGCGCAAUCGGAAAGCAUCAAGAGUCCAAGGGUGAUUCCGGCGCAAGACGAAGCUGUCCCGCAGUCGUCGAUUGACAACUGGAAGGCUGAAGCCGAGCCGAAUUUUACCUUGACCCUCCCGUUCCGACCAGCAGGGCCAUCGGCCGCUACCGUGAGGUCAAGAUCAUUGACACCGGGAGGUGAAACCCCGCCUACUGUGUCUUCUUCUUCUCCCCCAUCAUCAAGAAACAAUAACCCCCAGGAGUUUCUCCUGGUGGAUGAUAAUCCGAUCAACGUCAAGAUCCUUUCGGCAUACAUGAAAAGACUUCAUAAACGACACACUACGGCCUCCAACGGCCUGGAGGCUUUACAGGCGUACACAAACCAACCCAAUAGGUUUUGCUGCAUCCUCAUAGAUAUAACAAUGCCCGUUAUGGACGGACUAGAAGCCACGCGGCGAAUCCGAAAAUUUGAGCGCGCCCACAACCUUCCUCCCGUAGUAGUCAUCGCCAUCACAAGCCUGGGUUCGGUCGGUGCUAGACAGGAAGGUUUCGCAAGUGGAAUGGACCUAUUCUUAACCCGACCAGUAACCAUGACAGAGCUGGUCAGGAUCCUCAAGCAGAGGAGACUUGUGGACGAGGAGGAUGAAAAGCAGGUACUUGGAAAGUGA